AUGGCAUCAAUCAGACGAAAUACCAUACCUAAUCAUCCUCCAUCCCGUCUGGAUGUCCAUCCACCAUGGACCAUCCACCAUCUUGAACCGGGCCGCGCCCACAACAAGAACUGUCGCCGGUACACGGUACCUUUGGACUUGUUUUGCUGUUCUUGUCCUCACCUUAACCUUCACCUUACCUCAGCCAUCCAACAUCGCCAAUCACCGUCUCGUCCUCUUGGUCUCUUGUGUCUCGCCUCCGCCUUUGCUGGGUCUUCGAUGCAACUUGAUGCCGCUACACCCUUGCGGAUAGCCGUCCGACACCACUUGGCACUCCCUCUCCCUCCCUCCCCUACCACACCAACGCACCUCUUCAUCCACGUUCCGCUGGCCAAGACGCAUGCCACUACAGCCCUGCAUGGGCCAACAACGAGCCAGUCUUGGAACUUGGAACAGCCCUGCCCAUUCGCUGCCGCAGGCGGUACUCUACCCUUUUCCACCGUGCCCCAACCCACCUUGCGCGUCUCAAACCAUGUACGUCGUCACCGUCAGUUCCACCUCCUGGUUUCCUGUCGGUGUCCAUGUCCAUCUCUCAGAUGCCAUCUGAGGCCCAUUCCUCCUACACUCGCACCGGCCCUUGACCGUCGCUGUCCGUCCAAUACUCCCCAGACAGAGACACCUGUUCCCGCAUACGAAUGCCUGCCGCUGCUGUAUAAUCCUGCACAACUCGCCACUGACCCUGGCAACUGACUCUGUUAACAGACCAGGCAUUCCCUUAUGUGGAGUUGGCAAAAUCGAUAGACGCUUCGCUCGGUCUGGUCCGGUGGUAAAUGCUCAGACCCAUGCCACUUCUUCUUUAAUUGCGCCUAUCCCACCUUCUACCACCGCCUUUCUCUCUUCGUGCUGGUCUCCGGCGGUGAUCAACUAGACUCCUCGAGCCUCCCUCCCCCUUUCCUUCUUCCUUUCACUGGUUGCGCCCGUCCCCAUUGCCGCCUCAAAGUCUUUCUGCUUGACACGGAGAAUCAUCCAGGGCGCAGCUCACAAAGGGU